CUAGAGAAAAUGAAUGUGCACAUAUUGCCCACAGAAAUGAGAAUAUCCAUCUGUUCCAGGCUUGGAGCAGAUUGGCUGACUUGUAUCUAGCAGGUAUAUGCAAAGUAAUUUCCAGUACACAAACUGAUAUGCACUUAUUUCAUGGCUCUUUUAUAAACCUUUUCAAACAAUUAAAAAAAUGUGUUCUGUAAAUUCUAUCCACCUUGACUGAACAGCAUAUAGACUAGUACCCUCACAGCAAGAGGUUGGCCAGCAUAUGUUAAUAAAUGUCCCUAUACUAACAUCAACAGGUCAUUUUAGUAGGGGAUUUAAAAUAGUGUACUAAAUAUGUCAGCCUUAUCUGACUAUCUACUAUACCACAGAUGACUACAAAAUAACAAGUUGGUUCUAGAGCAUGGAGAUUCUAUAUGCUGCUUAGCUAUUUUGCUUUUUUUUAUAAGAAAGGGGUUCCCUCUUAAAACACCAGAGCAGCAAGAUGUACGCUGGGUUUAAAAUUCACAACUUUUGCAGAAAACUUCAUUGAAAUCUUGAUAAUUUAAUUCUGGUCAGUUAUAAGGCUAAUUAGUGCACUAUUGUUAAACAAAGACACAAAAAGCCAUACACUUUAAUGGUUGACAUGAACCAAUGACAAAAUGUAAAUUAUCAUCUCUCCGUAUCAUUUCCAACACAAACUGAAAAUAUGUGUCCACCACAAUGUAUGGUAUAUGUUUAUUGCCAUUCCUUCUGAAAGGCACCUACAUGCACAUAUGCAGUAUAAAGCGCCAAAAAGCACAGAUGUGAAUGCUCUGUGUUUUGAGGUAACCUGCAUUGGCCAUAAAAAGUACAGAUAUAUUUUAAUGUGCACUAAGGUUCAUUAUGGUCACAUUCAAAGUAAAUGUGCUGCUUUUAAUACAACCUGUAUAAGCAAGAAACAAAAAAAAAAACUGUGACGUGAACUUUAGGAAACAAGGAUUAUAUCUUUUGUAAGUUUUAAAUAAAUAAAUAAAAUAAAAACUCUGGAUUGGCAAGUUAGAACUUGGCAAAGUCUAUCAUGAAAAGGGAUCAUUCAUUUUCUGUGCAUAUUUAUAAGAAGUUUUCUCAUCAGCUGGUUCAAAGCAACCAAUCAACCUCCAAUUGUCACUUUCCUAGUGCAAAACAGAACAUUACCGGGGACAUGAUUAGUUGCAAUAGGAGGCACUUCAACUCUUCAAUUCCUCUAGAUUUUAGAGGCUGUUACUCAAGUUAUGACCAUUGUAAUUCCAAUGUGAUGGAAUUUUUUUCCUAUAAAGGGAGCAGAUCAAACUCUGAACUGGAACUAGAAAAAAGAAGGGAUUUUACCAAUCAUAUUUAAAAGUUCCUUAGGGCCAAAAUGAAGUCAAGCGAGAGCCGUCAUGAGGCGAUGACAGCACCCCAAACAACAAUUGUCGCACCUGCUUUACGGGAGAACACCACAGAGGCUGUAGCUCCAAGCGAUGGGAAAGAUAAUCACUUUUCAAAGAUCAAAGAGAAGUUCAUGAACGAGCUGAAUAAAAUUCCAUUGCCACCAUGGGCCUUAAUUGCAAUAGCCAUAGUUGCCGUUCUCUUGAUUCUUACCUGCUGUUUCUGCGUGUGCAAAAAAUGUUUAUUCAAAAAGAAGAACAAGAAGAAGGGCAAGGAAAAGGGUGGAAAGAAUGCCAUCAACAUGAAAGAUGUUAAAGAUGUAGGCAAGAAUAUGAAAGACCAGGCUUUGAAGGAUGAUGAUGAUGAUGACGAUGAUGAUGCUGAGACAGGUUUAACUGAUGGAGAAGACAAGGAAAAACCAAAAGAAGACGAAAAGCUUGGAAAGCUUCAGUAUUCAUUGGACUAUGACUUCCAGAAUAACCAGCUGAUGGUUGGAAUAAUUCAAGCUGCUGAGCUGCCCGCUUUAGAUAUGGGGGGUACAUCUGAUCCUUAUGUGAAGUUGUUUCUUCUGCCAGAUAAAAAGAAGAAAUUUGAAACUAAGGUUCACAGGAAGACUCUCAACCCUGUUUUCAAUGAACAGUUCACCUUUAAGGUGCCCUACGCUGAGCUGGGAGGCAAGACGUUGGUGCUGACUGUUUAUGACUUUGAUCGAUUCUCUAAACAUGACCAAAUUGGAGAGGUGAAGGUCCCUAUGAACACUGUAGAUUUUGGCCAUGUGACUGAAGAGUGGCGGGAUCUUCUCAGUGCUGAAAAAGAGGAGCAAGAGAAACUUGGGGACAUCUGUUUCUCUCUCCGCUAUGUACCCACGGCUGGCAAGCUCACAGUUGUUAUUCUGGAAGCAAAGAACCUUAAGAAGAUGGAUGUUGGUGGUUUAUCUGAUCCCUAUGUGAAAAUUCAUCUCAUGCAGAAUGGCAAGAGACUGAAGAAAAAGAAGACAACUAUUAAGAAGAAUACUCUUAAUCCCUACUACAAUGAGUCUUUCAGCUUUGAAGUACCAUUUGAGCAAAUUCAGAAAGUGCAGGUUGUUGUGACAGUUUUGGACUAUGACAAGAUUGGAAAAAACGAUGCUAUUGGAAAGGUGUUUGUAGGAUAUAACUGCACUGGAGCGGAACUUCGGCAUUGGUCAGACAUGUUGGCCAACCCACGAAGACCCAUUGCACAGUGGCACACUUUACAACCUGAGGAGGAAGUAGAUGUAAUGCUUGGAGUGAAGAAAUAGAAACAAAUUCUAUCUGCUGUUGCCCACAUAGUGCUCUUUAGCCAGUAUAUGUAAAUACCUCAGUAGUAUGGGUCCUUUCAUGUCUUUCCAUGCAUACCUUAUUCAGGUCAUUUGUACUUAAUUCAUUUUAUUUGCACAGAUUUAAAUGUACUUCUCCAAAAGAAUCCCAGUUGUGCGCCACAAAACUGCCCUCUUACUCUUCUUCUAAGCAAUAUGAUGUGUAGAUAGAGCAUGAAUCAAUUUGUUGUUAACACAUUCCUGUAUAUAACAGUAUGCCAACAUUGAUUUCUAGUCCGUGUAUUUGUAUGUUGUAAGCGUUUCUUAUUAUGUGUAUACUUCAAUGUUUUUAAUAAGAUGUUCUAUUUUAAAACAAAAUGUAAAUUGACUAAAUAUAGAAGAGCUGAUAAUAUUACAGGUUGUAUCGCCCGCAUUCCAGGAGAAAUUCCAAGUUAUAAGGCACUAGUAAAGUUGCACUGACAUCUUAAAGGACAACUUAAAUCUAUGGUUGGCCAGAUACAUUUGAAUACAAGACAGGCAACAUUCCAAAUUUACAGGUUCAUAUACGUGUAGAUUACAGUCAGGAUCAACAAAGUUUGAUCAGAUAAAAAAAAAAAAAAAGCACGACUGUC